AUGGAUACAAUGAUAGGCUCUGUGGAGCAAGACUACGAACAACCUCUGGGAGGGGAGAAAAAUACAUCAUUACAAGAUCGAUUUCGCCGAUUACGACAAGCUAGUUUCGUUGGAAUGACAUCCUCCAGUGACGAUGAUGAUUCCUCAUCGGAAUCGCAAAACCGAUCUUUUGCUGAAUCUCACACGGACCGUGCCAUCCACGCGAGUUCGGAAAUGGUUCAUCACAAUAAUCAUGAAACAAUUCCGGAUAAUGCCGCUGUCAUUAGAGCUUCCAAGAAAGCGAGAAUGUACCGCAUAUUGGUUGUGAUUGUGUUUUCUGCAUUUACGAUAUGCUUACCGCUCACCAUCUACACAAUUUCUCAACAAAAUUCGGAUGAUAACUUUGAAGAACUGCUGUCAACUUUAACUGCCAAACUUAUGAGCAGUGUACAGCUGAAACUUGCGGAAAAGCUUAAUGCGAUGGAUUCUUUUGGGAGAGCGUUUACGUCUUAUGAACUUUCAUCUGACCAAUCAUGGCCAAUGGUGACUCUCCCUAAUUUCGAACUCAGAGGAGGUCAUGUCAAUGAGCUGGGUGAUUUCUUAUCCGUAGGAUUUCUUCCUUUGGUAGAUUCAUCAAUGCGUGACACCUGGCAAAACGCCACACAAGAGAAUCUUCAAUGGCUCACCGAUGCCAACCAUAUAUGCGGCACUCUCACCGUUUCCAGUGAUAUUCUUCAAGUGGAUACAUCAGAGGGUUUGACUAGGGACGAUUCGAAUGGACCCUUCCUUCCUACCUGGCAACAAACCCCAGCGGAAGGCUCUUUGAUAAAUAUCAACUACUUGUCACAUCCACGGUUUGCAGAUGCGGCCACUACUGCUAUUUCGACUGGCUCCAUCACCCUAUCACAACUGGAAGACGCGGCAAGUCUUGGGGAAGCGCACGCUGUGUUCAAGGACUAUUACAAUUGUCUCUUGAGUAAGAGCACGGAUGCAUUGAUUGUAGACGGUUCAGAGUAUCAAAAUCAACCGCUCUCAACGAUGUUCUUUCCAGUCUUUGGGUCGUUCUCCAAAGAGAGUCGGCAGACAGUGGGACUUAUAUCUGCACUGGUAGAUUUCGAGACUCUCUUUGUAGAGGCACUUGCCAAAGACACAGGAGGUCUCUUGGCGGUUCUCGAAAAUUCGUGUGGGGACGUUUUCUCGUUUCAGAUUGACGGCCGACUUGCCAGCUAUCUUGGGCCAUUUGACCUGCACAAUGCAAAAUACGACAACUUGGUCAAACGUUUUGAUCUUUCGUCCACGCAAUUUCGGUCAGCAUCUGAGGUUGCAAUCAAUGAUGCUUAUUGUCCUUAUGAGAUUAACAUCUACCCUCAAGAUGCUCUGUACAACGAGUACAACACGAACCAGGCAGACGUCUAUGCCGUCAUUGCAGCGUGUGUAGCUCUCUUUUUGGUCUUUAUCGGGCUUAUAUACGACUACUAUUUGCAUGAAAGAAUGAAGAAUGUUGAAGAUGCAGCAGAGGCAAGUCGCGCACUUGUGUCUUCCCUCUUUCCAGAAAACGUUCGCGAUCGCAUCUUGGGGACUCAGGAACCUGACAGUCGUCGUGGAAGUAACGAAUCAAAACGAGGAAGUGUAGUCAUUGGUGAUACCACGUCACCCCGUCGGACGAGCAAUGAAAACGGUUCUAUUGUCGAGGAUUUUAUCAAACCAAUUGCCACACCCAUUUCGUCCAUGAUGGCCGGUGUUGCGUCGUUGGCGCCAGCAAAGAUGAGGUUACGAUUCUUUCUUCACGAGGAGGACUUGCAGAAUGCAUCCAACCACGACGGUCAGAGAGACUUCGAUCACGAUGAGCACGCUUCGAACCCCAACCCAAAUGUCGCACCGAUUGCCGAUCUCUUUCCGCAUUGCACUGUCCUGUUUGCAGAUAUUGAGGGCUUUACAGCGUGGAGUUCCGAACGUCAGCCGGAACAAGUGUUUGUUCUCCUGCAGACAAUCUUUCAGGCAUUUGAUCGAAUUGCGAAGAAGAGAGAAGUAUUCAAGGUGGAGACCUUUGGCGAUUGCUAUAUUGCAGUGGCCGGUCUCCCCGACCCUCAACCAGAUCAUGCGUUGAGAAUGACAAAAUUUGCCAGGUCUUGCUUGAAAAAGGUCAACGAGAUCACGAAGAAGCUUGAGGUAUCUUUGGGACCAGGAACCGGAAAUUUACGGAUGAGAUUCGGUUUGGACAGUGGUCCUGUUACAGCAGGCGUCCUAAGAGGGGAAAAAUCUCGCUUUCAACUAUUUGGAGCUACUGUAAAUGCGGCAUCACGAAUGGAGAGCACAGGAAAAGCAAAUCGUAUCCAAAUCUCACCUUCAACGGCUCAACUUCUCAUCGAGGCUGGAAAAGAGAACUGGAUAGCACCCCGUUCCGAUGGAAACACUGAAGUUCAGGGGCACUCAAGAAGACAAACCUACUGGGUAUUGACGCGAAGGCAAGAACCUUCCGGUACAGACACUUCCGAUACAGAAGCGAAUCGACCAAAAUUCAUUCCAGUCACAACAUUGCAGAGUGACGAAGAAGAAGAGAAGAGCGUCAGUAGCAAUGGAUCAGUCUGGGGUGACGAAGAUGAGUGGAAGGAAGACAGUGAUGAGAUGGAGACUAGCCGCCAAGCUGAUCGCCAAGUGGAAUGGCUCGUUGAUCUUUUGCAGCGAUUGAUCAGUCAAAUUGUAGCUGGUCGGGGGAGAAAGUCGCGGGAAGAAUUUGAGCCAUCUGAAGUCAUCGCUAGAGACGGAACUGUGUUGGAGGAGAUAACUGAGAGUAUUGAACUCCCCAAGUUCGAUCCAAGAGCUGCGAAGGCUAUCGCUGCACGAUCUUCCGCAAUUCGAGUCCCGAACGAGUUGGUCUCUGAGUUGCGUGAAUUUGUGAAGUCUGUUUCCAAGAAUUACCGAAAGAACCCCUUUCAUAACUUUUCACAUGCGAUUCAUGUCACCAUGUCCGCAAAUAAACUCUUGGACCGAAUUGUGAAGCCAGAAUUUGUUAACUAUCAUCGCGAAUCUGUCUUUCAAAUUGCCUCUGAUAUGCAUGAUUACACUUAUGGAAUCACAUCAGACCCGCUAACACAUUUCGCAAUCAUGUUUGCCACUCUAAUCCAUGAUGUCGACCAUACGGGAGUAUCAAAUCCUCGAAGAAAUCAAGAGCAACCUCUUCUGGCAGAAAAGUACAAGUCGAGAAGUGUUGCUGAGCAAAACUCUGUAGACAUGGCUUGGGACCUUCUAAUGGAAGACCGCUUUCAGCGGUUGCGACGAUGUUUAUUCGCUACAAAAGCGGAAUUAAAGAGGUUUCGUCAACUUGUGGUCAAUCUAGUGAUGGCAACAGAUAUUUUUGAGAAAGAAAUGAAGUCAAUCCGAGAGGCCCGGUGGGCAAGAGUUUUCCGAUCAGAUAUUUCUGACUCGGUUUCCUCAGCAGAAUUUAGGAAUCUCAAGGCAGCUAUUGUUAUCGAGCAUAUCAUUCAAGCUGCAGACGUCGCUCACACAAUGCAACAUUGGAAGGUGUAUACCAAGUGGAACGAAUGCUUGUUUUGCGAGAUGUAUGAAGCUUUUCAAGCCGGGCGCUCUGAGAAGGAUCCCUCAGAGGGCUGGUACAAGGGCGAGCUUUGGUUCUUCGACAAUUAUGUCAUCCCACUUGCCAAAAAGUUGGAGGAAUGUCGUGUUUUCGGUGUUGCCAGUGAUGAGUGUUUAAACUAUGCCCUAGAAAACAGGAAGGAAUGGGCAGUCAAAGGUGAAGCUAUGCUGGAGCAAAUGAUUCGGAAAAUUAAGCAAGAACCCACACCUACACCUAAAGUUGUGAAUAUUGGCCGUCGGGAAAGCAUAUUCCUCCCCCCACACAAGCUACAGCUGAGAAAACCAGCUUUAACUUCUGAGGAUGAAAUUCUGAAGAUGGAAGUAAUCAAGCCCUCCUUUGAGAAGCAAGCGAAGGGAAACAACAUGCUUUUGGAGCAGAAAAUGUCAGAUUCCGUUUCGUCCGUGUCACCAACGGACGAUGAGGAAGAAGAUACAUUCAGUGCGUAG